AUGGUGUUGAGAAUAAAUAAGAAGAUGAGCUUGGGGAUGAAGAGCCUGAGGUUAAUGAUGGAGAAGAGGUUGAAUUUAAGUACUUCUCUGAGCAGAACGAACAACUUACGAACACCAAUAAACGCCUCUGACCUCUUUAAGAUGAAGGCGUACAUAUUAGUGCUCGUGCUGGCAACAGCCACCGCUAUCCCGACUUCGGUUCCUACACUGACGAUCCAAGCUGCAGCAGAGCGCUUAAGCUAUCGCGUGCUAUUGAAUACAGUGGAGGAGAUGAUAACCGACCUCAAGGCAACCUUUAGUGACAGCGACAACCUGCAGCAUAUUACCGCAAUAGACAUUCACCUCCAAACCAAAUAUUCCCCGCAUUCUACUUACCAUCAGAUCCGCCUUGACCGCUACGAUCUGACUGUCUAA